AUCAUAAAAAAGUUUACCUUGUGUUUACCGCAACUGUGUUUUUUAUAUUAUUUUGUAUUAUAAAAAAAGAAAGUAAAACAUGGUAAAGCAGACGAUUCGGAUAUUCUGUCGUGUGAAACCUACAAAGCAACAUGUUGGAAUUUAUGAAGUUGAUGAUAGUGAUGGAAAUCAAUCUGUUAUAUCAUACAAUGUGCCAAAAGAAUUAUCAGAUGGCAUUAUAAAUAACAAGAAGGAAAAUUAUGAAUUUCGAUUUGAUCAAGUGUUUGAUCAAGAAACCAAACAAGACGAAAUCUUUGCUCAUGUGGCACAGCCUGUUAUUGAUAACGUGUUGUCUGGUUUUAAUGGAACUUUGUUUGCAUAUGGACAGACCGGCUCUGGUAAAACGUUUACAAUAACUGGAGGAGCCGAACGAUAUAUUGAUCGUGGAAUUAUUCCAAGGACUUUAUCAUAUAUAUUUAAUCAAAUGUUACAGAAUGCUGGCUUCGUCUUCGCUGCUCAUAUAUCGUAUUUAGAAAUAUAUAACGACAAUGGCUAUGAUUUGUUAGAUCCGAAACACGAAGCUGCAAAGCUUGAGGACUUGCCUAAGAUAUCAUUGCUUGAGGAUAGUGAUGGAAAUAUCCAUUUGAAAAACUUAUCGAUUCAUCAAGCGAAUAAUGAAGAGGAAGCAUUGAAUCUGCUUUUUCUGGGUGAUACUAACAGAAUGAUUGCAGAGACACCAAUGAAUCAAGCAUCCACUCGAUCACACUGUAUCUUCACCAUCCAUCUCAACAUGCGAGAGCCAGACUCUGCUACUGUUAGACGUUCAAAGCUACAUCUUGUUGAUUUAGCAGGAUCAGAAAGAGUAGGUAAAACUGGGAUUGGAGGAUCGCUGUUCAAAGAAGCAACUUACAUUAACUUAUCAUUACAUCAUCUAGAACGGGUGAUUAUUGCAUUAUCCGAAAAAUCUAGAAGUCAUAUUCCCUAUAGAAAUUCCAUGAUGACUUCUGUACUUCGCGACAGUCUUGGUGGGAAUUGUAUGACAACUAUGAUUGCGACAUGCUCUGUGGAAAAGAAAAAUAUAGACGAGUCCAUAUCAACUUGCAGGUUCGCACAGAGAGUUGCAAUGAUAAAGAACGAUGCUGUCUUGAACGAAGAACUAGAUCCUAAACUCAUGAUAGCGAAAUUGAAACGCGAAAUCCAGCUUUUAAAAGAUGAGUUGGCUUUGGCAAAAGGGGAACAGUACGAAAGCGAAAUUACUGAAGAUGAGCAAGAAAGGUUGCAAGCUCUUGUAAAAAGUUUUAUUGAAGAUAGAGAUAUGGAGGCUAUGUUAUCAGUGGGUGCCGACAUGAGAAGAAUUAACUAUUGCUUUCAAUUACUGAAGAAAUAUUGUAUCGACAAUGACAAUCACAAUGAUGAGACUUCCAGAUCACCUGAAAAUGGAAGAAUAAGCGAACAAACGACUAGAUCAGAACCUGUCGAUAACACCUACUUAGCAAACAAAUCUGAAAUGAGGAAGCUAAAAGACUUGAUAUUACAGAGGGACAAUGAAAUCAAUAUUCUUGUUAACAUGUUGAAGAAGGAAAAAUUGCGCGCAGAUGCUUCCGAAAGAAACACACCAAAAGAGUCUUCCGGUCAGAAUGUGACUGCAUCGAUCGAAAGGAGACAUUCUGAAGUUGUUCCAGAAGAGGAACAACGCAGUGAAAGAAACAUGCUUGCUGAUAAGUUGUUACGAAAGAAUAAAGUAUCGAUGUCAUCAGUUCGACAAGAAGCUUUUGAAAUAUUCAAAAGAGAUUACCAUGAAAAUCACAUCAUUGAUGAAAACAAGCGAGGUCUGCGUAACAGAUAUGCAGACGCUAAAAAACUGGGUCAGCAAGUCAAUACAGCCAGAGAAGCUAUAAACGCUAUCAAAGCGAAACUGGAAAAACUGAAAUUUAGGAAGUCUUUAAAAGCUGCCUCUGGAGGUGAAUUAGCUGGGGCUAAGAGCAAUGAUCCGGAAGAACAAGUGUUACGAGAACAAUUAGAUGCAGAAAAAAGCAAAUAUAAGGAAGCUUUCAGUCAGUUGAAAUUGUUGAAGACAGAGAUCGAACACAUGCAGCAUUUACUGGAAAAGGCGAAAGUGAAAAUGCAAAAAGAUUUCGAACUUUGGUGGGCUGAAGAGGCAGCGAUGUUAUCACAGCCCCAAACAGAGGUACAUUCAAAUAGGAGAACCACUUCUUUAACUUCACAAGAAUCAAAAAAUGAUAAUAGACCGAUAGAAAGGUUUCCACUAAAAGAAUCUGUUGACAUCAGAGCAAGUCAGAGCAGCGAAUACGCACUGAAUACUCCUUCUCAAAGUAUUAAUGAUGGUUUCUCUCAUGUAUCAAGAAAUUCCACGAGAUCGUCCUUUCAAAGUUCGUCCGGCAUGUCAUCCGGCUCAAGACCUGGUUCAAAUGUCCGAUUAACCGGCGAUCAGAAGACGGAUGAAGAUAUUAUGGCUUUUAUGAAAGCUAGGGAGGAAUUGUUAAGAAAAGCUCGAAGAUGACGAAUCAACUGUCUAGUAGGUGAAACAUACAGAGUUGCUGAAGUAAAAACGUAUAAACAAACAAACCGCUGGUCGGAUCAAUAAUGCUACUUAUAACAGAUGACGUCAAAAUUUGUUAUUUUUUAUACUUGUAAAUUAUAUUGAAUGUUGAAUAAUUUAGAACUAUUUAUUA